AUGGCCCCUAAAGCUCCUCUCCGCCAGUUAGGGCGAUCUAUCUUUCACACGCCAAUCUCAUUUGUCCGACCCAUUGCCGGUCUUGUACGAUGCUUCUCAAACCAAGGAUCCGCACCCGCGCAGCGCCCGCGGAGCUGGACACCAACACCAUUCGUGACGGAGACUGUGGGAGGUGGCUGGCACACUUAUGAUAUCUUCUCUCGGUUAAUGAAGGAACGCAUCAUCUGCCUAAACGGCGCAGUCGACGACACCCUCUCCGCAUCGAUAGUCGCCCAACUCCUCUUCCUCGAAGCCGACAAUCCCUCAAAACCAAUACACCUCUACAUCAAUUCCCCCGGCGGCUCAGUGACUGCCGGCCUUGCAAUAUACGACACAAUGACCUACAUCGCCGCACCCGUAAGCACAAUCUGCGUCGGACAAGCAGCCUCGAUGGGCUCCUUGCUGCUUGCCGGCGGUGAAGCCGGCAAGCGCUACUGUCUCCCGCACUCGUCGAUCAUGAUCCACCAGCCGUCGGGCGGCUAUUUCGGGCAGGCGUCUGAUAUUGCGAUUCAUGCGAAGGAGAUACUGCGCGUGCGCGAACAGCUCAAUCAGAUCUAUGAGCGACAUCUUACUGGCAAGAAGAAGUUGUCGCUUGAUGAGAUUGAGAAGCUUAUGGAGAGGGAUUACUUUAUGGGUGCUAAGGAGGCGCUUGAGCUUGGUGUUGUUGAUGAGAUUCUUGAUCGGAGGGUGCAGAAGGGGGGUGCUGGGGAGGAGGAUAAGCCUCCUACUGCGUGA